AUGGUCACAGUGUUGACGAGACGAGUGCAGACUGCCAGGCGUGCACAGUGCUCCCUCAAAGCUGCGGGAUUUGGAUUAAAUAGCCUGUGAGAGAGCCGAUGAGCCUUGAGCGAGUAAAGGAGGGAGGGAGCUAAGGGCUGAUUGUGAUCUUUUACCGGAUCGAGAGGAGAAGGGGAGGUGCGAGACGCGGAGAAUGGGCUAUUUUGGACCGGGGCACUGAGCCUGUUCUCAGCACGGUGGCGGCGGUGGUGUUGUAUUAAGGCAGCAGCAUUCGACGCAACCAAAUAGCCUCCUGCGGCCACGACAACGCCGACGGCAUCGCACGGCUCUCCACGCAUCCUAUCAGAAAAGCUCUUCGUUCCCGCCAGUGUGUUCCUGCUUCACGCGCAAGUGCUCCUCACCGGACAUGAAAGUGCAGCAAGGCUGCAACUCAUCAGACAUGGGCAUCCCUGUUACCACCGAGGAAGAACUGCGCAGAAACAGCGUCAUCACGCCCGAGGAUGUGCUUGGCUUACAAAAGAUCACCAACAACUAUCUUUGUUCUCCAGAGGAAAACGUCCACAUGAUCGACUUCACCAGAUUUAAAAUCCGUGAUAUGGAGACGGGGACAGUCCUGUUUGAAAUCACCAAACCUCCACUACCGGCAGGGGGCAGAAAGCACUGCGACCCCAACGCUGGGCGCUUCGUACGAUACCAGUUCACCCCAGCCUUCCUGCAGUUGCGGCAGGUCGGAGCCACGGUGGAGUUCACAGUGGGCGACACGCCCAUCAACAACUUCCGUAUGAUCGAGAGACACUACUUCCGUGACCAGCUGCUCAAAAGCUUUGACUUUGAGUUUGGCUUCUGCAUGCCCAGCAGCAAGAACACAUGCGAGCACAUCUACGAAUUCCCGGCGCUGUCAGAGGACAUCAUGCAUGAAAUGAUCCUACAUCCUUAUGAGACGCAGUCUGACAGCUUCUACUUCGUGGAUAACAAGUUGGUGAUGCACAACAAGGCAGACUAUUCCUACAGCGGGGGGCCGUAGAACCGCCAUUUUAUCCUCGUCCUGCGUUAGACAUUUCCCCACACAACUACAACUUCAGGAUCACAAAUGGAAGAACCCCAAUGGACGGAUCACUGGCAUUAAUCAAUCUCUUGUGUAGAAAUAUACAUCGGUGUGUGUACACCGAUACAUCGGUACACACGCAGUGUCCAUACAGUACAUAUCAGUCAACCUCAGUGGGCUCCACUCGUUCAUUAGAUGGGCAUUGUGUUUUAUAGCCAAUAAUAGUGUUAGAGGCCAUAUUACUAUUUGUCUUUACUGAGUCUAAUAUUUAUAUAGUUUGUACUACUGAUGGAUUCUAUUUCUGAGUGACUCAAUUCAGAAUGGCAGACAAAUGUUGAAUUUUUGUGUGUGCGUGUGUGAGUGUGUCAUAUUUUUUUCUCUUUGUUUUCAGUUUAAUAGCACUGCUGUGUCAAGAGUAUUUUUCAAAGGAGUAGCCAUUUUGAAGUGUCAGACAGCAUACAUACAGUAUCAAUUUUGAUAUCCAAUACAUGCACUAUAGCACUGACCACUCCAAAUACAGUUGCACUCAGAAUUAUACAAUCCCCAUUGUAAAUUAUUUUUAUUUCCAAAGUUUGUAAGCUUGCAGGAGUUUGCAUUAAAUAAAUAAAACAAAGCAAAAUUCACAAUGAGGGCUAGAUUAAUUUCAAGUGCAACUGUAUACAUUUUAAUUGCGGUAAAUGUAAGUAAUUUAUGUCAACAAAUUUUGAAACUUCAUCAAUGCAAUAAAUAUGGGACUUUUUUUCCGAAA